AUAAUUUAUGCUCGAUGGUAAACAAAAUUUUUGCCUACAUAAUCUUCUUCAGCAGAGGCAACCCUUGUGGAGACCAUUUGUGAACAUUAACCCUUAACCCCUAGUAUAGUACACACACUUUGGUCAUCACCAUUAAUGGUUGUUCCAUUUUAUAGUUCUCUACUCAGUAUAGUUUCACCAAGCACUAUAAGCAUGAUAUCAAUUCAAAGACUUCGUUUCCUUUCUUCACCAUCCUUUCUCUCACGUUUCACUCCUAAUUCUUUGCCUUUCACAUCUUCAUUUUCUUCUUCUCCUAAUGCCCAAAUAGAACACACAACAAGCACAACUGCAACCCCUUCUCUAACCCAAGAAGAGAUUACACAAAUCAAUCUACUAAUCCCACGUUUAUGUUCAUCAAAUCACCUCAAAGAAGCUGCUAAUCUCAUAUCAACAGCUUUUCUCACAAACCCAUCUUUAGAAUCACUCUCUAUUUCCAUUUUCAUUCACAGACUCUCUCUUGAACAUGACCUUACACAAUCCAUGUACUUCCUUAACAGCCUCAAGUACACCCCAAAGACUCAAUCUUUUUUAUUACCCAUUUGUAAAAUGUUGGUUUCUUUGUAUUUUAAAGAAAGAGAGGCUAAGAAAGCUUUAAAGAUUUUUCAUUGGGUGUCAAGGCCUGAUUUUCCUUGUGUUGUGGAUUAUGGAUUGUGUGCUGUUUUUGUAAAUGGGUUUUGCAAGAAUGAUAUGGUUGUUGAGGGGUUGAAGGUUUUGAGGGUGAUGGUGUUUGGGAAUUUGAAAGUUGGAGGUGAGGUUAGGAUGUGGGUUUAUAGAAGUCUUUUGAGGGAGGCUAGGAUUAAGGAGGCUCAAGAACUGAAUGAAGCUUUGAAGUGUGUUGAGAAUGGAGAUAAGGGAAAUGAUGAAGUGGUUGAUUUGUUGGAUAGUAUAAUCUCAAAUUGGAUUGAAUAGAGGGUAUAAUGUAACUCAUUUGGGUUAAUGACGACUAUCCGUGGCUAAUGCUAUUAGAGAUAUUUGUCUUUGGAGGAUGUGGCCUAAUAGUCGAUGAAGUGAAGGCUAGGUUCGAUUCUCAAAUAGAGGCAAAAUAGUUGGGUGAUUUCUUCCAUUUGCCUAAACCCGGGUGGUGGAGUUAUCUGGUACCUACCAUACAGCUAACAUAGUGGAACAGUCAAGGUGCAUGCAACCUAACUCCACCGUCACGGAAAAAUAAAAAGAGAGAACGGGGAAAGCAGGCUUCGAGUUUGAUGUGCUUUAAGGUUGCAUAGUAUUGUUUAAGCUUUUCAGUGUUAAUAGGUCUAUUUCUUAUCCCUUUACUACUAUCUUGACAACAAUGAUCAAUAUUAUCAAUAAUGCACCAUGAGGGUGUCCCAAGAAAAAUGAAGAGAUCAGCUUUUUGCAUUAACGGAAUGGUUACCAUGA